AUGGCCAGGAUGCGACCUGUUCCGGCGGCGUCCAGCCUGGCACUGGGUUUGCUGCUGGCCUCCCUCGCCGGGUCCUCCCUGCAGAGCGGCGAGUGCCCGCAGCUGUGCGUGUGCGAGGUCCGGCCCUGGUUCACCCCGCAGUCCACCUACCGCGAGGCCACCACCGUGGACUGCAACGACCUGCGUCUCACCCGCAUCCCCGGCAACCUGUCCAGCGACACGCAGGUGCUGCUGCUGCAGAGCAACAGCAUCGCGGCCACGGCCGACGAGCUGCAGCAGCUCUGCAACCUGACGGAGCUGGACGUGUCGCAGAACAACUUCAGCAGCAUCCGCGAGGUGGGGCUGGCCAACCUGAGCCGGCUCACCACGCUGCACCUGGAGGAGAACCAGAUCGCCGAGCUGCCCGACCGCUGCCUGCAGGACCUGGGCAGCCUGCAGGAGCUCUACAUCAACCACAACCAGAUCCGCGCCAUCUCGGCGCACGCCUUCGCCGGCCUGCGCAACCUCCUGCGGCUGCACCUCAACUCCAACCGGCUCAGGGUGAUCGACAGCCGCUGGUUCGAGGCCACGCCCAACCUGGAGAUCCUCAUGAUCGGCGAGAACCCCGUGGUCGGCAUCCUGGACAUGAACUUCCGGCCCCUCGCGAACCUGCGGAGCUUGGUGCUGGCGGGCAUGUGCCUCACCGACGUGCCCGGCAACGCGCUGGUGGGCCUGGACAGCCUGGAGAGCCUGUCCUUUUACGACAACAGGCUGGUCAAGGUCCCCCAGCUGGCCCUGCAGAAAGUCCCCAAUUUGAAGUUCCUCGACCUCAACAAGAACCCCAUCCACAAAAUCCAGGAGGGGGACUUCCGGAACAUGCUCCGGCUGAAGGAGCUGGGGCUCAACAACAUGGGGGAGCUGGUCUCCGUGGACCGCUACGCCCUCGACAACCUGCCCGAGCUCACCAAGCUGGAGGCCACCAACAACCCCAAGCUGUCCUACGUCCACCGCCGGGCCUUCCGCGGCGUGCCCGCGCUGGAGAGCCUCAUGCUCAACAACAACGCGCUGCACGCCGUGUACCGGGCCACCGUGGCGUCGCUCCCCAACCUGCGUGAGAUCGGCAUCCACAGCAACCCGCUGCGGUGCGACUGCGUCCUCCGCUGGGUGGCCGCCAACACGACCAGCAUCCGCUUCAUGGAGCCGCUGUCCAUGCUCUGCGCCGCGCCGCCCGAGCUGCGGGGGCAGCCGGUGAAGGACGCGCUGGCCCGGGACGCGGGCGAGCGCUGCCUCCCCAUGAUAGCCCACGAUGCCUUCCCCGGCCACCUGAGCGCGGAGCUCGGCGCCACGGUGCUCCUGGACUGCCGGGCCCUGGCGGAGCCGGAGCCCGAGAUCUACUGGGUCACGCCCCUUGGCAGGAAGAUAACCGGGGACACGCUCUCCGACAGGUACACGCUGAGUAGCGAGGGCACCUUGGAGAUCCCCGACGUCCGCACGGAAGAUUCCGGGAGGUACACCUGCGUGGCCCAGAACGUGGAAGGGGCCGACACGCGCGUGGUCACGGUGAAGGUCAACGGGACCCUCCUGGACGGGACCCAGGUGCUGAAGAUGUACGUGAAGCAGACGGAGUCCCACUCCAUCCUCGUGUCCUGGAAGGUGACCUCCAACGUCAUGACGUCGAACCUCAAGUGGUCCUCGGCCACCAUGAAGGUGGACAACCCGCACAUCACCUACACGGCCCGGGUGCCCGUGGACGUCCACGAGUACAACCUCACGCACCUGCAGCCGUCCACCGACUACGAGGUGUGCCUCACCGUGUCCAGCGUCCACCAGCAGACGCAGCGCUCCUGUGUCAACGUCACCACCAAGACGGCCGCCUUCGCCCUGGACCUCUCCGACCGGGACGCCAGCACGGCCCUGGCCGCCGUCAUGGGCUCCAUGUUCGCCGUCGUCAGCCUCGCGUCCACGGCCGUGUACGUCGCCAAAAGGUUCAAGAGGAAGAACUACCACCACUCGCUGAAAAAGUACAUGCAGAAGACCUCGUCGAUCCCGCUCAACGAGCUGUACCCCCCGCUCAUCAACCUCUGGGACGGGGACACCGAGAAGGACAAGGACGGGGCGGCGGAGGCCAAGCCCGCCCAGGUGGACACGUCCAGGAGCUAUUACAUGUGGUAACGCCGGGAGGCGUGGCUUCUGGCAGGAAGGAGCACAACGACGCUUUUGCUUUGUUCUGCAAAAGGGACACGGGGGGGACUUUCGUAUUUUGGACUUGGGGCAGCGCGGAGGGCACGGGUGGCUAUCCCAGUUCUUUUUUUGUUGUUUUUUUGUUUGUUUUAGUGGAGCGUAUCGCGAGUUUGACGUGGCUGGCAGCGAGCCUGGGCUUCCGGAGUGUGUUCGGUUUUUAUCCUUAUCAUUCUUCUGAUUAUGAUUCUUUUGUGAUUAUUCUUUGGUUUGAGUUGUCCUGCUAAACUCCACGAUGCUGUUCUAACGACCGUGCUCCCUACACUGAUCAGUGACAGGUUGGGGUUCCCUGUGCUGUGGCCAGCAGCGUGACCCCGUCUUCCGAAGCCAUCGGCAGAAAGCACCUCGUCCUCCGAAAAGCGGCCGCGUGGCCGAGGGGCUGCCUGGAGCCUCGGCGGCCCCCCCGGUCCACAGACUUCCAGCUCACGCGGCCACCCACGGCCGGACUGUUACCUGCUUUGAAUGACGUUAGCCGACCGCACUGCAACGUCGUAUCCACUGACUUGAAUGUUUGCCUUUGAACACGGACGUUUCUUUUUGUAAUCAGUCGUUAAGGAGGCUUAGGCCACGCUAACAGGCAAUAGAAACACGUGCUAUAUCAGGUUUUUUUAAUGUAACAAACCACACGUCCCUGGUUACCUUCUUCUUUUUAUCUUUAGUAGACACUUUCGAAAGAAAAAGACUACCUUUGGUGUGUUUCUCUCACCAACACGGUGUGUACAAUGAAGA